AUGCCGCCAUUUGUUCCCCGCAAGCGCUCACGCUCGCGCUCCCCCGCGCCCGCAUCCGCACCCGCAUCCGCUCCCAAGCGCGUAAAGAAGAAUGUCUUUGACGCGCUCGACGCGCCUUCCGGCAACACGAGCUCCUCCGCCGACAAGGCCUUUCUCGACGCCUUGAGCAGCGACGGCAGCGACGACAGCCUUAGCGAUGCCGACAGCGACGACUUCGAGGACGUGGACAUUAGCAAAUCGAAGGGCAAGGCUUCCAAGGCCUCCCGGGCCAAACCCGCGGCCACUGGAUUCGAUGGUGGCGAAGACGACGAGGAUGAGAUGGACUGGGAGGAUGCCCUCCACGCGCAAGCGGAUACACCGGUAGCCGACAUGCCCGGGCCGAAGCUGGCGCCGUGGCAGCGCGGCCUGGACGACGCCGACGACGUCCUCGAAGUGUCGCUCGGUGGUCCGGUCGAGGAAAACGAUGAGAUUGCGAGAAGGAACGCGCUUGGGAUAAAGGGCCCGUCCAAGAAAGACCGCCAACUCCGCAACUGGACUCACUGCAUGCACGUACAAUUACUGCUGUGGCAUAACCACAUUCGAAAUGGUUGGGUCUGCGACAAGGAGGUCCAGAAGCUAUUGACGGAACAAUUGCCCGAGGGCGUAAAGAAAGAGAUCCAACGCUGGCGCAAGGACUCCGGGCUGCCGCCCGAUCCGUCGCUUGAACCUCCGCCAAAUGUUAGGGGGAAGAACGGAAAGCUCAAGGGUAAAGGCAAAGGCAAAGAGAGGAGCGAUAGAUAUUCGGAGCGGAACCAACGAGACUGGGGCGGGACUGCGGACCGCAUCGAACAAGGCGUCCCUAAUCUAAGUCAUGGUGACCCCCUGCACCGACUCUUGAGAUAUCUGGCUGCCUACUGGAAGAAGCGUUUCCGCAUCACUGCGCCGGGAUUGCGUAAAAAGGGUUAUUUUCCUACAGCGAAGUCUCUUGCUACUGAGAUCAAGGCAUGGCAGGCAACUAAAGAGGACCCGCCAAACCAGAAGAAGAAGGAGAUAAAGAAGGAAAAGACCAAGGCCGAAGAGUAUGACAUUGAAAGAUUUGGAGAGAUGAUUCGCAGCAAGGCAGAUUUCCUAGAAGCUGCACGGAGUUGCACAGGUAGUAGAGACGUCGGCGCCCAGCUGUUCACUGCUCUUGUCAGGGGUAUAGGGCUAGAAGCUCGUAUGGUAACAAGCCUCCAGCCUAUAGGAUUCGGAUUUACGAAAAUGGAAGAAGUCUCCAUCAAGAAGGGACAGGAUAGCAAGACCGAGGCUACAAAACAGGAAGAGCAUCCGACCUCGGAAUCGAAAGCACAGGCAGAUGAGGCCCCCAGUUCAAGUAAAGCUCAAAAGCCCGUUCGUCCAACCGCGAAAAAGUCGUCUUCUAGAAAAUCAGGAACCAAACCUUUAAUCAUCGACUCUGGUGAAGACAGCGACAGCUCUCUCAGCUCCGCAAAAUCGGACAUAUCUGACGCAUCCAUCAUCGACAUGACCCCGUCAAAGCCAGCUGUGGGACUUGGUAACAAGCGCUACGACACGGAUCUCAAGUACCCCGUUUAUUGGACCGAGGUUCUAUCGCCUAUCUCUAACACUUAUGUUCCUGUCUCGCCUCUGGUUAUCUCUACAGUCGCUUCCACAUCUGACCUUCUUUCAGCCUUCGAGCCUCGAGGGGCCGCAGCCGAGAAAGCCAAACAAGUAAUCUGCUAUGUGGUCGCAUACAACGCAGACGGGACCGCCAAAGACGUAACAGUCCGCUACCUCAAGAGACACAUCUGGCCUGGCAAAACCAAAGGCUUCCGCAUGCCUGUUGAGAAGAUUCCCAUCUACAACAAGCACGGCAAGGUUAAGCGCUACGAGGAGUUCGACUGGUUCAAACGCGUCAUGUCCAACUACACACGGGACGGCCGACUACGAACCGAAGCCGACAAGAUCGAGGACGAGGGAGACCUCGUCCCGGUCAAGCCAUCGGCCGCCAAGAAGGCCGAAGGCAACGAGCCAGAGACGCUCCAGGGCUACAAGAACAGCGCCGAGUACGUCCUCGAGCGCCACCUGCGGCGCGAAGAAGCCAUCCGCCCGACGGCCAAGCCAGUCAAGACCUUCAUGGCGGGCAAGGGCGACAAGGCCAAGCCCGAGCCCGUCUUCCUGCGCAAGGACGUCGUGGCGUGCAAGACGGCCGAGUCGUGGCACAAGGAAGGGCGGGCGAUCGUCGCGGGGGCGACGCCCAUGAAGCGGGUGCCGACGCGGGCGGUGACGCUGAUCCGCAAGCGCGAGAUCGAGGAGGCGGAGCGCGAGAGCGGCGAGAAGGCGACGCAGGGCCUGUACGCGCGCGAGCAGACGGAGUGGAUCGUGCCGCCGCCCAUCCGCGACGGCCGGAUCCCGCGCAACGCCUUCGGCAACAUUGACGUCUACGUCCCGACCAUGGUGCCGCCCGGCGCCGUGCACCUGCCCCUGCGCGGCGCGGCCCGCGUCUGCAAGAAGCUCGGCGUCGACUUCGCCGAGGCGUGCACCGGCUUCGAGUUCGGCCGCCACAUCGCGGUGCCGGUCCUGACGGGCGUCGUGGUCGCCGAGGAGAACGGGGACCUGGUCCGCGAGGCGUGGCGCGCCGAGCAGAAGGCGAAGCGGGAGAAGGAGGAGAAGAAGAGGGUGGAGACGGCGUUGAAGAUGUGGCGCAAGUUCAUGCUUGGCCUGAGGGUCAUCCAGAGGGUGAGGGAGGAGUAUGGAGAGGGAAAGGACGGGCUGGACGACGUGGUGAAUCCGUUUGCGAGGAAGAAAAGGGAAGGGGAGGUGGGGAAUACGUUCGAGAGAAAGUUCGGGGACGAAUUCGAGGACGAGAUGGAAGAGGGGGGUGGGUUCCUGAAAGAGAGCGAGAGGGAUCCUGGCCCUGGCGGCUUCUUCUUGCCGGGUCAAGAGGACGAAGGUCCUAGUGAGGGUGGCUUCAUCCGUGAAGGAGAUGAGCACGCCGAUCAAGGUGGAUUUCUGCGCGACGGUGAAGAAGGCGCCGUUGAAGGUGGUGGCUUCGUCAUCGAAGGCGAUGACAGGGAGAACUUACAAGCCUCACAGGACGACCAACCUACUGGCGAUACUCACAACAUCCCCUUCUCCCUACAAUCAACUCAUCAGAAUUUCUCAAGGGCGAAUGCCGAAACCGCGGAAGAAGACCCGGAAGACGAGGACCAAGAUGAAAGCGAUAGUCCACCACCGAGGAAGCGUCCCGCCUCGCACGGACGUGACAGCAACAGAGGUCGUGGACGAGGUCGUGGACGCGGUCGCGGCCGGGGAACGCGAUCAGUUGCUGCGACUAGCGCACAAAGUAGACGAAAGUCCUCUAGGGCAGGAAAUCCAGGCGGCACCACGGACGACUCUGACGGUCUCCCAUCGGCGCCAUCCGGGUCGGAUUCUCCGGUUUCCUCAACGUCGGCCACGGGAAAACAAUCGGAGCCCGAUACUGAUGCUAAACGCGCGCAAACUAAGGACACGGCUGAGGAGAUGCCUCGCAGGACUCCGAGGAGAGCUGCUGCGAGGAAGAGCGCGACUGCUGUAAAGAGCCAUUAUUUUGUCGACGGCGAGGAGGACAGUCAAGAUGAAGCUGACAGUGACCGAACAGGAAGUGGAGAAGUGGAUGAGACGCCAAAGACGCGAUCGCGUCGAGGGGUUCGCGGUCGUGGACGUGGGAGAGGGAGAGCGCGAGGAAGGGGGCCUUCAUGA